AAUGAUCUCCAAAAGUAUAUUAUUCUCGUAUUUCCUGUUGAUUUUUUUGGUUAGCUACAAUACGAGACUGAGUUAUGCCGAUGGUCCUUUUGGAUUCCACUGCGGAAAUACAGCAUAUAAUCCUAACAGCACCAGUGGCAGUGCGUAUACAGAGAACCGGAAGCUCCUCCUUUCCACUCUAUCCUCGAAUGCUUCUUCGACAACCAGCAAUGGUUUCUACAAUUUCACUGCUGGGCAAGACCCUGAUAGCAUGGUCUAUGGCAUGUUUCUCUGUCGGGGUGAUGUGGAUGCCGACGCUUGUGGACAAUGUGUAGCAAAUGCCAGUGGGGAAAUUCUGAAGAAGUGCUGGAAUCAGACGACUGCAUUUACUGCUUAUGGCCUGUGCUUGUUGCGUUAUUCGAAUGAGUCCAUAUUCUCCAGGGUCACUGAGGGUGUCCCCUUCAUUACUUUGAUUGUAGCGAAUGCCACUGAUCCAGACCAGUUCAACCGGGUCCUGAAUGAUGCGAUGAUUGACAUAGCAAGUCGUGCUGCAAAUGCAAAUGAUCCUUCAGGAAAGAAAUUUGCUGUCAAAGAAGCUAGUUAUGCCCCAUUUCAGAAAGAUAUACAUGCCCUUGGACAGUGUACUCCAGAUCUUACCAGUCUUGACUGCGAGAAUUGCCUUAGAGAUGCCAUUGCUUAUAUACCCACAUACUGUGCUAGUAGUCCGGGCUGUAAUGUUAUAUUUCCUAGCUGUUUUAUUAGGUAUGAACUCUACAGUUUUUACAAUUCUUCAAGCCCGGCACCCGAGCCUGCACGGAAUCCUGGUCCUCCUCCUCCACCUUCUCCACCUUCUCCACCUUCUCCUUCCAAUUCUCCAAGUAGUGAAGGGGGAGGCGGAAUCUCAACACGAACAGUUGUUGCAAUCGUGGUGCCAAUCUCUAUUAUUGUUCUAUUCAUUAUGGGCUUCUGCAUUGCAAGGAGAUCCAAGAAGACACAUGAUGCCAUUAGCGAAACAACUGGGGCAACUGAAAUCUUAACCAUAGAAUCGUUACAAUAUAAACUCAGUGAAAUUCAAGCUGCCACAAACAACUUUGCCAUUGGAAACAGAGUUGGUGAAGGUGGAUUUGGUCCUGUAUACAAGGGUACACUUCCUAAUGGACAAGAGAUAGCUGUGAAAAGGCUAUCAAGAAGCUCAGCUCAAGGAACAGAAGAAUUUAAAAACGAAAUUGCCCUGGUUGCUAGGCUUCAACACAGAAAUCUGGUCCGACUGUUGGGUUUCUGCUUGGAAGGAGAAGAAAGGAUACUCAUCUAUGAAUUUAUUACCAAUAAAAGCCUUGACUACUUUCUCUUUGACUCAAAAAAGCAACAAUUGUUGGACUGGUUAAGACGAUACAAGAUUAUAGGAGGAAUAGCAAGAGGACUCCUUUAUCUUCAUGAAGAUUCUCGACUUCGGAUUAUACAUCGCGAUCUUAAAGCCAGUAACGUGUUAUUAGAUGGAAAUAUGAACCCAAAAAUUGCUGAUUUUGGCAUGGCAAGGCUUUUUGAAGUUGAUCAAUCUGAAGGAAAUACAAGUAGAAUUGCAGGGACAUUUGGUUACAUGGCUCCUGAAUAUGCAUUGCACGGCUUGUUCUCUGUAAAGUCAGAUGUGUUCAGUUUUGGAGUUUUGGUUCUAGAAAUUGUAAGUGGCAAGAAGAACAAUCAGUUCUACCAAACUCAUGGAGGAGAUGACCUUCUAAGCUAUGCAUGGAGACAAUGGAGGGAUGGAACGCCAUUAGCAUUGAUGGAUCCAACAAUGGGAGAUUCAUAUGCAAGAAAUGAAGUUAUUAAGAGCAUCCAUGUGGCAUUGCUAUGCGUUCAAGACGAAAUUGAGCAAAGGCCGACCAUGGCUUCAGUUGUUCUCAUGCUGAAUAGCUACUCUGUAACGCUGCCUGUCCCAAACCCUCCUGCAUAUUUUGGUCGUAGCAGAACACAAAACUUGCCUAUAGAUCAACCAGAAUCAGGCACAUCUACCAACACCAAAUUGCUACCAGGGCCGUCUGUAAAUGAAGUCUCAAAUACUGAAUUAUAUCCCAGAUAAAUUGUAAUUGAAUUGAAGGCAUUUCUGA